AUGGCCGCAGGGACCUCGGGUGCUCCGGGCCUGACCCCGUGCUCAGCCUGGGCCUCGCGCCACAUCUUUUUCCCGCCUUCUAGCCUCAGGUCUGCCACAACUUCUGAGUCUCCAAAUUCAGCUGUCUCCAGGGAGGCCAGAACCCAGUCUUCAUCAGCAGCCAUCAGUCAAGGAUAUGUUUUGCCAGAAGGCAAAAUCAUACCAAACACUGUUUUUGUUGGUGGAAUUGAUGUUAGGAUGGAUGAAACCGAAAUUAGGAGUUUCUUUGCCAGAUAUGGCUCAGUAAAAGAAGUGAAGAUAAUCACUGAUCGAACUGGUGUGUCGAAGGGCUAUGGAUUUGUUUCAUUUUAUAAUGACGUGGAUGUGCAGAAGAUAGUAGAAUCACAGAUAAAUUUUCAUGGUAAAAAGCUGAAACUGGGCCCUGCAAUCAGGAAACAAAAUUUAUGUACUUAUCAUGUGCAGCCACGUCCUUUGAUUUUUAAUCCUCCUCCACCACCACAGUUUCAGAGUGUUUGGAGUAGUCCAAAUGCUGAGACAUACAUGCAGCCUCCAACCAUGAUGAAUCCUAUAACUCAGUAUGUUCAGGCAUACCCUCCUUAUCCAAGUUCACCAGUUCAGGUCAUCACUGGGUAUCAGCUGCCAGUUUAUAAUUAUCAGAUGCCACCGCAGUGGCCGGCUGGGGAACAGAGGAGUUAUGUUAUACCUCCGGCUUAUACAACUGUUAACUACCAUUGCAGUGAAGUUGACUCAGGAACUGAAGUUUUGUCAAAUGAAUGUUCAGUUCAUGAAGCUACUCCAGCCUCUGGAAAUGGCUCCCAAAAGAAGUCUGUGGACCGAAGCAUACAGACGGUGGUCUCUUACCUAUUUAACCCCGAGAACAGACUGAGAAAUUCUCUUGUUACUCAAGAUGAUUACUUCAAGGAUAAAGGAGUGCAUCAUUUUAGAAGAAGCCAGGCAGUCCUUAAAUCUGAUCAUCUCUGCUAA